UAAACCUAAACAAAAUUUGAGUAAAAGACUACCUCACUCGAAUAAUUGAUGGUACCCUUACUCGGGUGGAAGCACUCUUCAAUCUUCAUUCUUCAACUCAGCGUAUUCCAUUUUACCGUACUCCUCUUGAUUGCAAGAAUGGUGUCAAUGUUAAGGUAUGGUCUUCAAAUCCCAAAGCUCUCUCCUUAUUGUGUUCCCCACUACGCCCUCCAUCUUUACUUCCCUUCAACUUCAUCCCUACACUCUCACUCUCCCUCUCCCUCUCAGCCCCAAUCGGUUGAUGAAGCUGUUGAUUCCUUCACUCGCAUGCUUUCUAAGCGUCCCCCUCCAUCCAUCAUUCAAUUCACCAAGAUUUUGGGAUCUCUUGCCAAGACCAACCAUUUCCCCACCGCCAUUUCCCUUUUUCAGCAAUUGCAAGCCAGGGGAAUCACUCCCAACUUAUUUACUUUGAAUAUAUUAAUCAAUUGUUGCUGCGGCAUGGGUCGGAUCACUCUCGCUUUCUCUGUAUUCGCCAAGAUUCUCAAGAUGAGUUUUCAGCCUGAUACCAUAACAUUGACUACACUCAUUAAAGGUCUAUUUCUCUGUGGUAAGGUUGAAAAAGCACUCCACCUUCACGACACAAUGCUGGCUCAGGGAUUUCAGUUUAAUCAAGUCACUUAUGCGACGUUGAUCAAUGGGCUCUGUAAGACCGGACACACAUCAGCUGCUAUUCAGGUGCUGAGAAAUAUCCCACGGCAUGGGAUUGUUCCUACUGUCUUCAUGUACAACCCAAUUAUUGAUAGCCUCUGCAAGGUUGCACUUGUAAGUGAUGCUUUUCGUUUAUACUCUGAAAUGCUUGCUAAGGGAAUUUCUCCCAAUGUUAUCACAUACAGUUCUCUCAUUUUUGGAUUGUGUCUUGUGGGUCAAUUUAAGGAAGCCAUUGAUUUGCUAAGUGAUAUGGUGCUUAAAAACAUUACUCCUAAUGUUUAUACCUAUACUACUUUGAUUGAUGGCCUAUGCAAGGAAGGAAAGAUCAAAGAUGCUAAGAGUGUAUUGGCUGUAAUGACGAAAUCUGGUGUGAAACCAGAUGUGGUUACUUAUAACAGCUUAAUGGAUGGAUAUUGUUUGGUUAAUCAGGUAAAUAAGGCAAAAUAUAUAUUCAACACAAUGUCCCUAAGUAGAGUGUCACUUGAUGUUCUAAGUUACAAUAUCAUGAUUAAUGGCUUGUGCAAAAGUAAAAUGGUCGAUGAAGCCUUGAAUCUCUUUGAAGAAAUGCCUCGUAAGUACUUGGUUCCAAACACAGUAACUUACACCACUAUUAUUGAUGGCUUGAGCAAAUCAAAAAGGAUCUGUUGUGCUGUUGAGCUUUUUGAAAAGAUGCUUGAUAGAGGUCAACCUGCUGACAUAGUCACUUACAAUUCCUUGUUGGAUGGGAUGUUUAGUACCAAACAACUUGACAAGGCACUUAUGUUAUUCAAUCGAAUGAAAGAGAGUUGCAUUGAUCCAGAUAUAUAUACAUACAGCAUACUUAUAGAUGGCCUGUGCAAAAGUGGAAGAUUUAAAAAUGCAAAAGAGAUUUUUCAAGAUCUUUCCAUUAAAGGCUAUCAUCUGAACACAAGGACAUACAAUAUUAUGAUAAACGGGCUCUGCAACGAGGGCCUACUUGAUGAAGCAUUGGCUUUAAUGUCUGAAAUGGAAGACCAUGGUUGCUCUCCGGAUGCUGUAACUUAUGAAACAAUUAUUCGUGCUCUGUUGGAAAAAGGUGAAAAUGAUCAAGCGCUGAAACAUCUUCGUGAAAUGAUUGCUAGAGGCUUAUUGAAAAGGCAAUAGGAGAAAUAAAUCAACUCAAAUUAAUAAAUUUUCUGUUGUUGUGGAAAUUUAUACAGAACUUGGUAAAUUUUAUACCUAUUGAUUUGGAGGAUUUGGGAAAUGCCAUGAACUCACUAUCACCUUGA